UAUGCGUCGUUCGUUGUAUAUAAUAAAGCCGCAAACCCUAAUAUUCUUACAACAGAGAUCAGCUCAAAGCCGUCCAAAAUGUCGAAACGAGGACGUGGAGGUACGUCGGGUAACAAGUUCAGGAUGUCGCUUGGUCUUCCCGUGGCGGCGACAGUGAACUGUGCCGACAACACCGGCGCCAAGAACCUCUACAUCAUUUCGGUGAAGGGGAUCAAGGGUCGUCUCAACAGGUUGCCUUCUGCCUGCGUCGGAGACAUGGUGAUGGCCACCGUGAAGAAGGGGAAGCCUGAUCUGAGGAAGAAGGUUAUGCCAGCUGUCAUCGUUAGGCAGAGGAAGCCUUGGCGCCGAAAGGAUGGUGUCUUCAUGUACUUCGAAGAUAAUGCUGGAGUCAUCGUGAACCCCAAGGGAGAAAUGAAAGGUUCUGCGAUCACUGGUCCCAUUGGUAAAGAGUGCGCUGAUCUUUGGCCUAGGAUUGCAAGUGCUGCCAAUGCCAUUGUCUGAGUGUGCGUUUGAUUACCUUUCAAACAAAUUUGAGAAUUUUCAUUUUCUGACAAUAUGUACGACAUUCAAGUGUUUUGGUUAUUUAGACAUCAUCAAUCAAUGUUUUUUUA